AUGUCCAACGAUUAUUCUACAGAAACCAGCAAGUGGAAAGCUUACCAAUUUAAAGACCCAUAUGCCGAUGGCGAAUUUGUGGUUGGAUUCAAUGAAGACCAUCAUUUUUGCACUCCAAGCUGUGAUUCAAAGGAACCAGUUCAAGAAUCAGAGUUGAUUUGUUUUUUGAAAACUAGCCAAGAUGCCCUUGACGCUGGGUUCGUGCCUUGUGAUCAAUGUAACCCAAUGAAUGUUGACCCAAACAAGAAGCAUUUGAUCAAGAUUUGCAUUGAGCACAUCAACAAACAAAUAAACUUUCAACCCCCAAGCAACUUAUUCGCCGAAAACUCAAUCCAUCCUCAGGAAGAGAGUGAAACCGGAGGGUUUGCUACUCACGCUUCAACCGCCAAUAACCAAAUAGUUGCAAUUGCUUGCCGUCAUAUCGCCGCCGCUGCUGCUGGAGCACUCCUUGGUGGGGACAAUAAUUCCCCAAUGAACAGCAAUUCUGCAAACAAUAGCGCACCAGCUUCGCCUACCAGUUCAGGGCCUGUGACAGACAGUAACAGCAGCCCUAAGAAGAGAAGAAAGCGCGGAGGGGUUGUUGGUUUCAAAGAAUUAGCAGCAAAGGCAAAGCUAUCGGCCUGGCAUUUCCAUAGAGUUUUCAAAUCCAUUGCCGGUCUCACUCCUAAAGCCUAUGGCGAUAAAUGUUCCGACUUCAUGAAACAAUGUCAGAAUGAAGAAUGGUUGCAAGAAGUUAUUAAAGAAUCAAAAAGUAAACAACAACAGCAACAGCAACAGCCAUUACAACAACAGCAGCUCCAGGAACAACAAUACCCAAGAAGACAAAUAUCCAGACAUUCCCUAACACCUGAUGAAUCAUAUUACCCAGGCUUUUCACAACAUCGUAAUUCCGUGAUCACCACUACAUCCAUCGAUUCCCAAAUGAUGCUUGAUUCCCAAGUAAGCUUCAGCCCAUCGGAGUUGGACACUAUUUCCCCAAUUACCAGCUAUUUGGCUAAUAAUUCAAAACCCGGUUAUUCUGAUGAAGAGCAAUAUGUUGAUUUGGAAAUUAUGGACUAUUUGAAGAGUUCUGGUGCAAAUGAACUAUCCACAGCAUCCAAUCAGCAAGUUAUUAUGGACCAGAGUGAUAAUAUUCUUGACUCAUCUUUGACAAAUGGAAAUUCUGUGCCACUUGCUUUUUCGCUCGCCAAUUACUCUAAUAAUGGGAUGUUGGAUGCUUCAAUUAAGGAAGGAUCUUCGGAAGCAGCUCUUGAUUUCAACAUGUAUGUGAAUGAUUAUGCGUUAAUGCCAAGUCAUUUCGCACCUUCAGCUCAUCAAACAGCACCAAACCCAUCACAAACUAUGGCCAAUAUGAAUUCGCAGGAUUAUAUUAACAAUGAUCAAUUGUUGAAUGAAUUACUCAUUGGCAGUAACUUGAAUACAAUGGGUCAUUUAAAUGGUCAAUCCAAUGAAUGGCCCCAGCAUGGUUCCCAAUUAGGUGGAGCAAUGGACUUAUCUGACGAUUAUGUUUUCAUUUGA